UUGAUAUAAAAUUCGUGUAUUUACCCUUUCAGGCUGAAGCACUUCAAAUUUCUAAGCCCUUUGACAUAUUCGGCCCAUGGCCUACAUGCAGUAUUAGCUAUUACAUUUUCGAACAACUGGGCCGGGACUCGAACUAUCUGACCCACAAUUUAACAACGAUCACACACGUGCGUGUAUACAUGUAGGGAGCACUCAUCAGACCUGCUAUACAUACUCUCCGACAUUGUAAACAGGGCGUAAUCAUACAUUGCGAGACCUUUCCGCUAUCCCGAGAAAUGACAGCUCCCGUAGGCCCAAAUCGAUCGUUCCUUCAAGUCGACCAAUCACUGUGGAAGUCUUCGUUACGGGAUCUAGCGUUACGACGUGUGCAAAUAACAAGUUGGUUGACUUUGUGCAGAGUGUUUGCAUUUGUUGGAAAGCGAUAGAGACUAUUUUGGAGGACAGAGGAUUCUCUUCACUGACAGGUACUGAGGGAACGAUAAAAUCUGCACUGGUGAAAAGAAUGCAACACUGACACUGUCUUGACAAAUUCAUUUCCAUCAGCGGUUCGGUGGGUAACAAACAGACCACAAGACGAGGUCACGCCUUCUGACUGCGCCAUUUUGUGAAGUUGUGAAGCACGGUGGGAUUCGUGUAGACAGUGAAAAACCGAGGGUGUAAUGGCUGAAAGCAAGGAAAAUCGUGAAGCAGUCCUCACAUGUCCGAUAUGUGUGGAAACAUUCCGCAAACCAGUAAUGUUACCUUGUCAGCACAGUUUUUGCAGGGAGUGUAUUGGUGUAUAUGCUGACAAGUCUAAACCGGGACAAACAGAUGAGGCCUCCUGUGGCACGGGGAGUGAGGGCAUUCACCAGCUGAUCUCAUGCCCUGUAUGUCGGACACCAACCAGUCUGGGGAGAGAAGGUGUGGCUGGUCUGCCUCUCAACUUUCAUCUGGCAGAAAUAGUGGAGAGGUUCUCUUCUGCUGUGAAGUUUGAGGAUGACACCCCAUAUUGUUCUCUGUGUGGGGAUGAUAAUCAGGCUAAAGCUGUCAAGUUUUGUACCGACUGUUGUUUACUGUAUUGUAAAGACUGUCUGGCUUCCUUUCAUCCCAUGAUGGGGGCUAUGAAGCGUCACCGGUUGAUUUCGUCCCUGGAGUACCUCUCACAGGAAACCUCACAGCGACAGACCACCGGCAGGGAUGAACAAACAACUCAGCAAGCGUCAUGUGCGAGACAUGGUCAGCCAUUCGGCUUGUACUGUGUACCGUGUCGGAUGGUGAUCUGUGUGGGGUGUGUGGUUGACCAUCCGAAACACGCUGUGCAAGAUAUACCAUCUGCAGCUGAGAACGACAAGCCAGCUGUUUUGAACAAGACAAGUGAACUGGAGAAAGUGCUACAAGAAACUAAAGAAUCACUGUCGGGAGUUACGAGGCUGCACAAUAAGAUACAGGAAGCCCAGGAACUUCACACUCAAGAGGUAGAAAGGGCUUAUUGUGCAGCCUUGGAAGCCUUACAGGCCUGGAAACAACAGUCCUUAGAUGGCAUAAAAACCCGCUAUUCACAGUGGAGUGUGGAGUGUAGCGCUGUACUCAAACAUUUCCAGCUACAGGCUCAGGAAAUGGAGAGGAUGGUACAGGCUUCCAAGGAUUUAUUGGCGUCAUUGGACGUCGAGUUUUUACAGGGUUCUACGGACUUCACCAAAACAAUUGAUGACCAGCUGAAUCAGAUAAGAGCAGACCUGGUGAAACAUGAGGUCAGCAGACAAAAGCUUCUAGAUUCUUUACAACAUGACCAAGUUGUUCCUAGACAGGUGACUGUAAAAGAGACAGUGCAAGAACGUCAGGAUUUAGAAGCAGCAGUCGGUAGACCAGUGUCACCCCUGCGUGUUACAAAGCCGACGCUGAGAUUCACAGAGACAGACGACAGUGUGCUGAGAAUCACUGACAGCGGCUGUGUGGUAAAGGUGAAAAACCGAGGGUGUAAUGGCUGAAAGCAAGGAAAAUCGUGAAGCAGUCCUCACAUGUCCGAUAUGUGUGGAAACAUUCCGCAAACCAGUAACGUUACCUUGUCAGCACAGUUUUUGCAGGGAGUGUAUUGGUGUGUAUGCUGGUAAGUCUAAACCUGGACAGACAGAUGAGGUCUCCACGGGGAGUGAGGGUGUUCACCAGCUGAUCUCAUGCCCUGUAUGUUGGACACCAACCAGUCUGGGGAGAGAAGGUGUGGCUGGUCUGCCUCACAACUUUCAUCUUGCAGAAAUAGUGGAGAGGUUCUCUUCUGCUGUGAAGGUCGAGGAUGACAUCCCAUAUUGUUCAUUGUGUGAGGAUGAUAAUCAGGCUAAAGCUGUCAAGUUUUGUACUGACUGUUGUUUACUGUAUUGUAAAGACUGUCUGGCUACUCUUCAUCCCAUGAAGGGGGCUAUGAAACGUCACCGGCUGAUUUCCUCCCUGGAGUACCUCUCUCAGGAAACCUCACAGCGACAGACCAGCAGCAGGGAUGAACAAUCAACUCAGCUAGCGUCAUGUGCGAGACAUGGUCAGCCAUUCGGCAUGUACUGUAUCCCGUGCCGGAUGGUGAUCUGUGUGGGGUGUGUGGUUGACCAUCCGAAACACGCUGUGCAAGAUAUACCAUCUGCAGCUGAGAAU